CAUGGAAACAUCCCGGACGCACAGCUCUGAAAGCAUGUCCAAGGACCUUUCAGAACUGUUGAAGGAAGCUACCAAGGAGGUUCACGAACAGGCAGAGAACACGCCGUUCAUGAAGAAUUUUCAGAAGGGGCAGGUGUCGCUCCACGAGUUUAAGCUGGUUACGGCAUCCUUGUACUUCAUCUACUCUGCUCUGGAAGAAGAGAUUGAACGUAACAAGGACAACCCAGUUUAUGCCCCUGUGUACUUUCCAGUGGAGCUGCACCGGAAAGCUGCCCUGGAGCAAGAUUUGAAGUUCUUCUAUGGCAGCAACUGGAGGGAUGAGAUCCCAUGUCCUGAGGCUACUCAGAAAUACGUUGAGAGGCUCCACUAUGUAGGCAAGAACCACCCAGAGCUCCUGGUGGCCCAUGCCUACACUCGCUAUUUGGGAGACCUCUCUGGGGGGCAGGUGCUGAAGAAAAUUGCCCAAAAGGCCCUCCAGCUGCCCAGCACUGGGGAAGGGCUGGCUUUCUUCACCUUCGAUGGAGUCUCCAACGCCACCAAGUUCAAGCAGCUCUAUCGCUCCCGCAUGAAUGCCCUUGAGAUGGAUCUUGCCACUAAGAAGAGAGUCUUGGAGGAGGCCAAGAAAGCAUUCCUGGUAAAUAUACAAGUGUUUGAGGCACUGCAGGAGCUGGUGUCUAAGGGCCAGGAAAAUGGUCACCCUGCACACCUGAAGGCAGAACUUCGCACGAGGAACGUUAACAGAUCAUGUGAGCACGGUCCAGCGCCUGGGAAGGAAAGUGAGAGGGCAAACAGGAGACACACAGACAUGAUGCCCACCACUCCCCUGGUGCGGUGGAUCCUGGCGCUCGGCUUCCUAGCCAUGACAGUUGCCGUGGGCUUAUUUGCCAUGUGAAAGAGCAGGAGCUUCACCUUCUCUUCGUGCCUUCCCUCAUCCUGAACUAAUCCACCUUCCCCAGUCUUUGUGAGAGAAA